AUGGCUGGCGAAGGCCGUUCAACUCCAGAAGAUACAGGGGACGCCAACCCCCUGGAAGGACGCGUUGUAGGACUGGAAUCGAGUGUCAAAGAGAUACUGGAUCUACUUCGAGCAGCGGCAUCCAAUCCGCCACCUCCCCCUGUUCACCCUGUUCCACCUAUUCCAGCGGCACCACUCGCCCCCCCUGCGCAAUUAGCUCAAGUGGCCCCACCCUUGAUCUCCUAUGUACCCCCUGCUACGACAAACGUCUCUGCCGGUGCGUUGUCCAUUCCUGAUUUCUUCCCCGACGUCGAUGCCGCGGUUGUGGCUUCAAUCGGCAAGCAUGAGUUUCGGCCGCAGCAGCUGGGUAAACUCAUACCCAACGUUACAUCCAAACCCACUACAACUACCUAUGCCCUCGAGGACGGCGCUCUUCGUGCCACGGACACGGCCCCGAUCAAGGAUCUCCCUGACUUCUCAUCAUUCAUGCGUGCCCUCGGCGUAUAUUUCCAAAUUCUCUACCGUUACGUGGGAACUACAGGCAACGUGCAAGCAGUCAUAGACGUCGCAGUUUCGACCCAGAGCUACGCUAACCUGCUCCACGAGUAUUCACGUUAUUUCGCGUACCCUGCUAUUCUCACCUACCAUAUCGCCCAUCAUUCUCGCCGCAUCCGCGAAAUGAUCAGGGGCGACUACUCUUUGUGGGGAGACGAAGAUCGGGCCCUCGUCGGGCCGCUUCACCGAUCAAACAUGAACCAAGACGUAAAGUCGGCUUCGUCCGCAUCGGCAAAAGGCAAAGCAUCCACCUCCUCCUCCUCGACUCGCGACGUCUCCACACAAGUCUGCAACAAGUUCAAUGACGGAAGGUGCCCCACGACACCCUGCAAGUCGGGACGUGUUCAUAAAUGUGCAACUUGCGGCUCUUCAGCCCACGGCAAGAAUGCUUGUACCCAAGCCCCCCCUGCCGCUUGA